AUGUCGAAAUGUGCAGAUAAUUCAGAAAAUAAUACAAAUAAUAUAAACAGAAAGAUAACUAGUUCGAUAAGCAAUAGCAUUAGAUUGCUCCUGAAAAAAUUUGAGGUUGAGCUAGAUGACCCCAAUGUAUUGGAAACGGCUACAGAAGCAUACAUUAAUUACAUUGAAUUAUUAGGAAAAAUUUCAUCAAGUGUAGCACUCACAGCAGGAAGAACCCAAGUAAACAUUGUAGAUAUAAGGAAAUCAAUUAAGAUCCUAGAUAUUAAAAGAUACGAGCAGGUAUUCUUGCAUAGUGAAUUGGAAAGCAUUAUCAAGAAAAAGAAUGAUUUUGGAACAAACUUUUCAAAAACAAUAAUACCUGAUAUCUGUACAAAUGGUAAUUCUCUCUGGAAGGAUGUGUUAAGUGACAAAAAUAGCUCAAAUGAGAAAAGUCUUGACCCUGAAUUAUUCGAAUUUGUUGAUUCAAUACCCAAGUAUAUACCUGAUUUCUUACCAAUUUUCCCACCUAGACUCGACUAUUGUGAUAAUAAAUUUAGUAAUAACUAA